CCGAUUCAGUAAGGACUGACUGUUCCCGUUUGCAGUGCAGCUCGAAAUCUCAGGGAGAAACCGCGGUCUUUCGUCCUCUCUUUUUCCUUCUCUUUCUCUUUCUGUCUCUGUCUUCCUAUCUUUCUAUCCACUCUGUCUUUGUUUUCCGUCUGUACCAUCCUACUCUAGCCAUCCACUCUCUUCUCUCGCGUCUUUUGUUGUUAGUUCCUCUCACCGCGGUAAAGUACGUGUUUAACUUUUUCCGUUUGACCGACUGUCUGUCUGUCUCUGACACGAAGUUCGUGGCACGAACUACUGUUUCGAUUCUUUUUCGAAGCCAUUCUGGUACACGCUAGAUUGCUGUUCGUGGACCGAUGUACUACACGAGCGAGCGAGGCUCGUGUCUCGCGCAAAUUCCAACUGUUCCCCAUGGUUAGUCACGUGGCUGGCCAGUGAUUCGAGGAAAUCUGGUUGGCUUCGUUUCGGGAUACCGUACGAACGGUGCGUUCCGGAUGAAAGGUGCGUGUGCCAGUUGAUCAACGCUCGUUCGACCGUUCGACUCGGCUCGUACAACUCGGAAUCGAAGUCCCGAGGACGUGUGUGCAAAAUCAACGGUGGACCGCAGGUCGAUGUGCACAACUCUGGAGAGACGUACUGAAACUCCACGUCUGUCGGUGGCAGUUCCAGUCGAGGAGGAGUUCAUAUGGAAUGGCAUCACGUGGACCGUCGACGACGACGCUGCCAACCGCGAUAGCGUUGGCCGUCGCGAUGUCAGUGAUGGCGAACGGUCUUUGUCCAACGCAAUGCCAUUGCGACGACGAGAGCUUGCACGCGUCCUGUGCUUACGCAAGCCUCGAGGUCGUUCCGAUCCAAUUGAACCCGGAGAUCAGACACUUGGAUCUGUCCAACAAUCGUGUCGGCAAUAUUCACCUGUCGUUCGGUUUCUACGGUAACCUGGAAACGCUUGAUCUCACGUCGAACGCUAUCCACACGUUGGGCUCGGACAAUUUCGUCUUCCAAAAGAAUCUGGUCACAUUGAACGUAAGCAGUAACGCCGUCAGAGCCUUGGCCAAGAAUUCCUUGCAAGGUUUAGACUCUUUAAAGGAAUUAAACUUAGCCAGCAACAAUAUCUCCGAUAUGGACGAGCAAGCGUUCAAAACCACCAGUGAACUAGAAAUCUUGAAUCUAAGCGACAACUCGAUCACCAGUUUGCCAGAAGGAUUAUUAAAAAAUCUGCACAAAAUCCGGACGUUGAUCUUGCACGGUAACUUUCUGUUAGAGAUCCCCACCGACAAUUUAGCUCUGGCUCCGAGCUUGGAGAACGUCGACCUAUCCGACAAUUUGAUCCAGGAGCUUGACAGGGACUCGUUGCCGUCGUUGCCCUUGUUAGUAUCGUUAAACCUGGCAAACAACGUUAUCAGAAAUAUCGCUGACGACGCGUUCGACCGAUUACCUGACCUACUGCACCUAGAUCUGUCCGGAAACAAUCUGACAUCUGUACCCACGUCCGCACUGGCUAGGCUGAACGUUUUAUCGAACCUGAUUCUUAGUCGUAAUCCACUAGGUACUUUAGAAGCCGGUGGAUUUCGCAAUCUAUUUGAGCUAAGAAGCCUGGAGCUGAACGAUUGCACGAUCAUUAACGUGCACGCGCGAGCGUUCGCUGACAACGUGAACCUGGAACGAAUCUCGUUGGAUGGUAAUCGAGGUUUGAAAGAGCUACCAGCAAGGGUUCUCUAUAGCGCCAGAUAUCUGAAAUGGGUCUCUCUACGUCGAUGCAGCCUGUCGACCCUGCAGCCCACGCAAUUCCCUGUGGACGGCCUGUCGUCUCUUCGCGUCGGUGGCAAUCCCCUGGUCUGCAAUUGCUCUGUGCACUGGCUGUGGAACGUUAUCAGAGCGGAAGAGCGGCGGAACGAGUCGAGGCUCGAGUUAGAUACCCACGAUAUCAUCUGUACCGACGAGGAAUUCGCCGGGAAAGCCCUAAUCGCUCUGUCGGAGGGUUCGUUGCGGUGUCGGCUCAAUCCUCUCUAUCUGUCGUUGUCAGUAGCCGGUUGUGUAGCCGCGACGGCGACUAUUAUGGCGCUGAUAGCGCAUGUGACGCGGUCCAAGAGGAAGAAACGUCUGGCGUACGCGGCGCCCAAUCGACCGGAAUUCCUUGUCUACGUGGGCAGGAACAACGACGAACUGGACAAGAAUGCGGAAUCGUACAGCAGACGGCUGUUGGCUCGGAACGAGGACACGCCGUACGAUACUCCACGCGGGAAGCCGGGACAAAGAAGCCCGCAACCGCAGGAUACGAACAUCUACGAGACGCCUAGGUACACCAGACCGACGACUAAUCGUCGCGAUACUGGCACCGAUCCGACGUUUGCCAGGCAGGCGGAAGAGGGUGUAUACGCGGUGGCUGACGUCACCGAUCUUCGCGACGAACCACCGGAAGUGCUGUCGCUUUAUCGCAUGCAGAGCCCCGCAGCUCCCAGAUCGAACGUUCAUCGACUGGAUUAUGGUUAUGAUUACGAGUACGAUUACGAUUACGAACCGCCGCUUCCUCAAAAACCUCACGUGGUGUUCGUUUGAGAGAACGGCAGCGUCUUAACGCUGCCCGAUCUGUGAGAACAGAGAUGGUUCUCAACCCUCUGGAGAUUACCGAGAUCCGUAACACGAAGAAACCGAGCCGCUAGCUCUUCGUUCAGGGAGAAGAUACUUUCCGAAUCCCACGGAGAAGAUUCAUAGAGGAAAUGGAUUACCUAGUGACGCGUGCUAGUUUCGUCUUGUACUUCGGUCACGUCCGGGGAUUACGGAAGAAAUUCCAGUAGCGACAGUCUCGCGCGCUAGAUCUAUCGUUGUUGCGAGCUAGUAGAGAACAGAGGGAGGGAGGAGGGUGCUUUGGACAAGACCUUAAUAGGGCUGGAUCUAUUCUGACUGAUUGGCCAAGAUCAAACGUGAUACGGUAAUCCUUCCUUCACCGAAAGUAUCGAUUCUGUCGUCCAUAAGAGGUAUGCAUGGAGUCGAGGCAUACUCUCUCCUUCUCUCUCUCUCUCUCUCUUUCUCUUUAUCUGAUCCUUCUCUCUGUCCGAUGAAAUUUAACGCGUUGCUCGCGGAUGGUAAAUCGGUUAAAAUCAUUCGACUACGGAUAUACUAUGCCCACCAUAGAAUCUUCAGCAUCAUCAAGAGAAUAGCAUUCCAUCGUCCAUCGCGCAGAAACGGGGACAGAUGGUGGACUAGACUCGUGGUGGACGAGCUGAAAAUGAAAUGUCUUCCGAGAGAUAGUCGCGCCGCUGGAGAACAGCAGAAUGCAUUUUCGCUGGGGGAACGCAAUCUGACUCGGAAUGUAAAUUGUACGGCGCAUAAACGUGGCCACCGUUGUAUUACACAGGGACUGGGAAUAGGGAGGCUACGGGAACGUAUUUAUUUUCACGGAUUGCGUCGGAUUCCGUUGGUUCAGUGCAAAUGCUGGGCGCCGUGUUCCGAGGCGGGCGUUCAUUUCGCAUUUAAACGUAGUGACAAAUCAAAUCAAAGCAGCGUCUCGUUAGUCCGUUUAAACCCUCCCUAGACUAGCAUCCCAAGAUUACUCUUCCUCUCUCACUCGCGUCUUCACCAAACGUGUAUCUGUCUGUCCCUUUCUUAACCCUAAUUUCGCUUUUCCCCUCUUUGUUCGUUCGUCAUUCCUUUAACUGUCUGUCUAUCUUCGUCCACGUUUCCCUUUGUCGAUUCACCGUUCGAACAACUGUCCGCGUCCUUUAGAGGAACAUUGACAAGAUUUUUGCGAGACGGUCGGCUACCUCAAGCACAAGCGAUUUACAUAAGCAAGAAACGAGUUGAAAGAAUGAAGGAUCGCUGGGCGUUGUUAAAUCCGCGUUCCUUCAUCCUUUCGUUCGCUGUUUCUUUAUCUUUCUCUUAUCUGUCUUUAUAUCUUUGUAUAAGGCGUAUACACACACUUACAGAUACGUGUAUUAACGAACACACACGCUAAGCAUAACCACACGUUAAAACAUACACCGAAGGGAGCAAAAGACACAAUGUUAGAAUUCGUAAAAACUGGACGGUUCCUUUUUCCUUUCCGCUUGAACCCGCUGAAGUCGAGUGAAGAGGGCCGUUUUCAGAUGAACAUUGUAAAUUGAAGCAAUAAUAGACGCGACCUUUACCGUUAGGAAACACAUUACGAUCGCACCGAGGUAUAUUUAGACACGAGAAUUUCACGUUUAUACAGACUUAAGCGUACUAUAUAUGAUGAUAUAUAUAAAUGAUAUAUAUAUAUAUUUAUUUAUUAAUUUAUGAUGUUAAGUUUGGAAAAGAUGUUACGUUUUGAAUACGAGAAAAAAAAAUAUACUUGAUGCAUCAACAAGAACAUGCGUACGUAUCCAUCACGAAGCAUCGAUCGAACUUUCGAAUUCGUGUAUCAAUGUGUACGAGUAUGCUUUCAAUCGUAAGUAACUGGACCUAUAAUAAUAAUCGUGGUAGAUCUUAUUCAUCCUGCAUCGUUCAUUAUCACAGGUUAAUUACCAUAUUUAAUUUAGACCUAAAAAAUAUAAAAUAUGUAAAACAGAAAAGAAAUUGGCAGAAGAUAUCUAAGUUAAGAAGCAAUCAAUCUCAAAUGUAAAUUCGUUCAAAUUAUUGAAAUUAUCCCAAAUUUAUUGAGUGUCCAGCGACUUAUGGAGGGAAAUAUAUUUUUUAUUUACAUAAAUGUACAUUGUGCACCCAGAAAAUCGUAAUUCGUGACACGUAAUGUGUCGCAAGGAUUACUACGCGGACUCCGUUAGUACGAUGAUCUGGAUAACUCGGCCGUGUGCGUAUUGCCGUCGUUAUGCGCGUCCUCGAAAUGCAACGCGUCUAGAAAUUUAAUGGAAUAUCGAAUUCCUGCUGAUUAAAGUCUCCAAGCGCGAUGGCUCCUCGAAGGAGAAGGUUGAAAGUUAAAUAUUCAAUUCGCCACGGUAAACCUUCGCCCGAGCCUUCGUUCGCUCGCUCGAAAACCUCGGAUUGCUGUAAGAUUUCGGGAAUAACAAUUCCAUCGUGAAUUUGCCGGAAUAAUAGCGCCUCGAUUCGCGGAACGAGGUCAGAGCGAACGGUAUUAUUCUCUUAGAACGUCACGUCCGAUUGGCUUAGGCGAUUUUUUAUUAUGUUUAUCUUCUAUCGAAAUAUCAGGACUAAAUGGAUGAUAGAUUAAAUCGACUGUUCCGAGUUAAUUAAGUUUUAUUUAAGAAUAACUUUAUUUUAAUAAUACAUACGUAAAUUCAAUUACUUAAGAAUUUAAGAUGCCUUGUGAGAAAAAUGAAAGAUCAUUCGAUUUUAACAAAAUAGAUAAAAUUCGAUUGUUGAAACUUAAAAGUUAAUUCGUUUUAUAUUUAAUUACACCUUCUUAUCAAAAAUAUAACUUUACAAUAAUUUAGUGAAAUAAUCCAAGUAUUAGUAUGCAAACGUAAAUAUAUGAAUUUAUUAUUUAAAAUCGCGUCUGUGUAUCAUUUCGCAGAAGGCUAUAGCGGUUAAGCCAUAUUUACGUUUAUAGGAUCGAUAUAGAAGUUGUUUUGGUAAUAACAAUUUACCAUAGGCUUAUUAUUUUGUGAAAAAUAUCUACGACCGUGAUUCUACUUUUUCGCGAUACAUUUAUCCUUAAACCUCUCAGGGCGCAAUGUAAACCAAUAUCUCACGCUUUCCUUAAAACCUGAUUUCAAGGGGUCCGUAAGUAGUAAAAACGAUUUUUAUCAGACCCGUAUAGAAUCUAUCGAUCGAGAGUUAAAUUCUCGAUGGAAUAACCUCCGUAUAAAAUAAACUCGCAUAAAACUUGAAAACCCUGACACACCAGGAUACGAAACGGAAUUCAAAAGCAAAAGAACUGCCAACGAUAAAUAAUAACCGUAUUCCAUUGAAGUGCACCACAAAGCUUUGACUUUAUACUAUGUAUUUAUACCGUGUGUUCUAGGUUUCUCCCGUAAAAUGGUAUUAGUAUAUUCUGUGAGUAAAAGUAAGAAGAAAUUUCAAUGAAAUUGUAAUAAACAAAUUUUCAAAAUCUAUAAAUUCUAAUCAAACUUGCCGAUAGAUGAUUUAUAAGCCCAUUUGUACGACGAUUUUUUUCUUAUUUUCACUCACAGUUAUUUUCCGUUCUAAAUAGAAGUUUUAAUAAAAUUCCAAUUGAUAAAUUUUUUGAAUACAAAAAUCCAAAUUAAACGUUUAUUACGAGAAAUUACGUUCAUACAACACUAUUUCUUAUUUCUACUCGCACAAUGAAUAUCGGUCUGCAAAAAGAAGCACACACAUACCGGGACAUCCCGCAAUGUCAAAGAUGUACAAAUGAACGAAGCGCAAUCCGGAAAAGGGGCUCAAAUAGAAUUUACGGAGCGAAUCCAGCCGGGGCGGCCGAAUUUGAACAGUUCCCCUGACGCUCGACCGUUUAAUUUACGCCGCGAUCGAAUCGUCCCGAUAGCCAGCAGGCUACAUAAAGAAUCGGAAAUGGCUAAGCACAGCCGAAUGAAAUAUUCGUGCCACCUGUAAGAACGCGAUCCUGACGCGCUGGUGAAAGCGGUCAGAAUACAUCCGACGAUCCCUUUCGCGUAUUACUUCCGCGCCCCUCGGUGAUCGGCUGGCAGACAGCUGUGAAAAAUUAAUUUUCCCCGAAGCAGCCGAUCCCUCGGCAGUCGACUCGAAUCGAGGGUGAAAACAGUGAAAACAGAAAACAGCUACGGUCCCACUGACCCAGAAGCCGUGGUUCUCCCGUUCAUGGACCAUCGUCCGACCGUCCAUCACUUUCAGAAAACUUUCCAAGUUUCGACAGCGAAGUUCGCAACCGAUUGUCACGGCCAGGCCGGAAACUUACUCGCAAGAAUAGAUCCGCCGGGUAUAGAGACGAUUUGAUAACGCGGCGAUUUUUCAAUUCCCGUUUCAUUUUCCGCCGAUCAACGACAAUAGAAUCAAACUUCCUGAGCUGUCCGGAGUUCUAUAAUCUGCACGUAAAAUUACAGACGUCUGACAUUGCCAAGUUCUUCGUGUAUGAUCGCGUAAAAGUGCUUCAAGGGAAUUUAAGUUGGAAGUUGAACAUACAGAUUGGCUGAUUUAAAUGUUUGCAUUAAAUUGUUGUUUUAACGAGGAAAUUCGAUGAAUAUCGUGCAGUUAUAAACAUAGUUAAUUUAUAUUUAAUCGAAAUGUUAUAAGAAUAAUGUAAGGAAAAUGAGAAUAUUUAACAAAGAUAUCUAAUAUUGUAAUAUUCCCUAAAUCAAACAAUCCUGAUACAAGUAAUAUUUCCAUGUUCUUAAUAACCUGAGAAUAAAUUUCAUGCAUACGCCUAAACCGAUUACACCACGUGAUACAUAACUUAGUCCCAUUUCGACCAGCCUGCUACACCCAGAUUAAUUCGAUUCGGAUUAAGCAAGCGUUCGAAGGCACGACUAAAGCGGGGCAAAGAAAAUAAGCCCAGUAGAAGGGAAGUUUCGACCGAAGGAAAUCUAGAUUAAAGAGCAAUCAGAGAAAAAAACGAAGAGAAAGGGAAACUGAAAAUGAAAAGAACGAACGGGGAGAAAAGAAAAAGCGAGUCACCGGACCACCCUCUGACAAGCCAAAAUAUUAGAUUUGAGAGCAUUUCAUUGGACCCACUUUCCCGGUCGGUUAGCCAAGAUUCCACGGUGGCAUUUCGCCCGACUCGUUAGUCAUGGUAGUUAGUCAUGUUACACGGAUCUCGCCCAAGGAACGAAGAAGAGAAAGAUGAAAAAGAGGGAAGCUGUGCUCGAGCAGACGGAGAGCCGGUAGGUCGCGCGAGAAGAAACCAAAAAACGGCCUACCUCUGUUCCUUCUUCGUUCUUCGCGGUGUCCCUUUCUCUGUUUUUUCCUUUCUCCUUCUCUCUCUCUCUCUCUCUCUCUCUCUCUUUCUCUCUCUUCUCCCUCACCUUUUUUCCUUUCCGGUUUCGUGUCACGGGGAUCUCGAUGCGUUCGAGGCGCGCCCCAUCGACGGCUAUUUUUGUAUGUACAUAGAGACAAGAGCUGCGCAACGUCGAAUGCACAUCACGUUCCUCAGACGCGUAAACGUCCAUCUUCAAUGUCCGUUGUUUUUUGCUGUUCAUUACUCCCGGCUCCUUUUAUCUUGUCUGUCUCUUGAACUUUGUCCAUCUGUCUGUCUACGAUAAUAUCUCCGCCGGUUUCAUAACAACGAUGCGAGAAAAUACAGUUGUUAAACGAUUUCGGGAUUCUCUCGAACGCAGCUUCCGCUGCUUCGUAACGAACCAAAGCGCGACAGCGUGCCGCGUAUCGCGAUGAAGAUGAUGAUGACCGGGCGUCGUCGCUCGAUCGCUCGAGUGCUGGUCCCUCGUUCACUCGAGUCUUCAUCGAUGCUAAUGCGGCGGUGUCGCCUGGGUUUCUUGCUGUGUUUGAGAAAAGUCUGUCGAAUAUAUCAGUGACGUGCAAUAUUUUAUACUUCGUUCAGAAUAUUGCCUAUCUGCGAUAUUAACUUAAUUAUACAAAUACGUACUUGUACUUGAAACAUUGCCAGCUAGACGAAUUAUAGAAAUUUUGAAAAAUUUCAUCUUUGGAAAAUUGGCGAUUAUAGAUAUUGAAAAUGAAGAUCACUGCAAUUCUUCUAUAAAUAUUAUUGAAGUAUGGUUGUAUAUUUGAAAUUCUUUUCACUUGUUAACGUAUUCAGCUUGCAAAAAAAUAAGUAGAUUGCCGCUCUACAAAUGACGAUAUCGCAUGCGAUUAAAUUUCCAACAUUCCCCAGAGAAUAAGUGUGAAUUCGAGAUAACUGUAUCGUAAUCUGCUGUCAGUUUAUGAAGUACGAGAUACCUCGCGAUUCGGAGCAAAUUAAUGCCGAUUUAUUAUAUUAAUCCCCGAAUAACAACGGAAAAGCAAUUUAUCCCGAUUACAACGAUUCUCUAUUUACACGCGAGAUUCCACAGUAUAUUCGAACGAUACUUUCUCAAACACUAGGACACCUGUCUAGUUCAGCCGCGUAUUCAUGUAUCUGACGUUUAAUGGAGCUAUAGUAACCUGUAGACUACUUAAGAUUAGAGUUAAGACAAUAUCGACGCGGACGUUUCAUUUUCCUCGAGCGUCUAUCACACAGUUCGUAUACAUAAUUACUUCGUUACAUGCAAUUUGGGUAUAUUACGUGCGUUUAUGAAACCGGCUUACGAAUGCGUCCACUGUUUGUGCCAUUUUUACCUUUUCUUCGUCCCCUAUCUGAUUUGUUUCCUAGGCCCCCUUGCACAAUUAUUUACCAACUAAUAAUAUCAAUGAAUUAACAAGUUACAAGUUAUAGGAUAUAGACGUUUGUUUUAUAAUUUUACUUGUUAAUUGCUAAACUUACUUGUAGAAUUUUAUUUAUCUCGUUAGUAGACUGCGGAUUUUUAUGUAUAUAUGGGAAAAUUAAAAGUGCAAAGAGACACGGAAUGCGCAUAAUAUGCAAAAGUAAAUGAAAUAUUCAAAGUGCAACACUCGUUAUCAUAUUUAGUAAUUCUUUAGUUGUGUUAAUAAAAAUAUGAAUUUGCAUAAAUAUCCGCGGCCCACAUUUUUUCUCGCUUAUUACUAAACUCGUUCCUAUUACUGGACAAUUUAUUAAUGCUGAUAAAUUAUAAUUUGUAACUUGUAAAAUGUCACGAAUAAUAUUAAUUUAAUUGCGCACGAGGGCCGUGAUCAUUUGUAUCCUGAUUGUGCUGCGAAAAUCAAAGAGAAAACUAGUGUAACUUGUUUCGUCGUGAAUGUACCGCCUGUACCUACGUGAAUUUUUCCUGUAAAUAUUAGUAUAAUAGUUUCGUGUGUUCAUAGAGUUCAUAGCUGUUCUUUAUGUACAGCCUCUAGCUUCGCCUUUUCUUCUCGCUUCUGUUAUUCUUGUUUCCUUUCGUCUGUUAUUCUGUUCUCUCCUUUUCUUUUCUUUCUCGUCAAACAUAGAGACGAAAAUUGAAAAUAUCGACACGAAGUCGGUGAUUUUUGCAUUUCGCUGAUUCGCAGAAUUUUUCCGUAAAAUCGCUGAGCAUGGAAUUGGUCAUUUCCGCGGGAAUAUCGCGUUGAACUAUUAUUUUUCCUUGACGCGGUAUAUCUCCGAAUUUAAUAAUCCUUUCGAAAACUUUCUGCCACCUUUUUCUUAGGUCGAGCGGUGUAUAACGAGAAAUGGCAAAUCUCGAACACAAACUAAAUAGACCGACUGAUCUUUUCCGACGUUUAAUAUAACUUAGACAUACUGCAUCGCAUACGUGCACAUUCGUAUUUUCUACAAACGACCGUGCGUAGGAUUUUUUCAAUUUUUGAUUAGUUGAAAAGUUGACCAGUCAACUUUUAUCACAAAGCUAACAUUACUAGAACAAACCCUCGUCUUGUGUACCGUUUCAAUACUCUCCGCGAAAUUUCCAUUAAAUUUCGCGGUGGAGCUACGAAUUUAUACACUUAAUAAUUAUAUAUAAAUUAAUUAUAAUAUAAAUUACAAAAUAUAUACAUACUACUACCAUUAUAGUAGUACGUAUAUACAUGCAUACUCACGGGUAAAUAUGUAUGUACGAUUUACUUACAUACACGAAAUAUUUUAAGUAACCAUAUAGAAAUUUCAUACAUUGCUAAUAAAAAUGUUUAAGAUAUCUAAUAAAGUUAUAUUGUAUAUUCAGUAAUAUGUGUGCUAUUUGUCCGGUAUGUAGAUGAAAUGCCUGUUAACUCCCUUUUAUUUUGCGUUGUUUUAUUACGUAUGUAUACAUAUGGAAUAUUACGUGUAGAUAUGUCAAUCCUGUGUUUUAUAUAUCUCUAUGUGCUUAUCUUGUAACGUUUAAUUACGAUAUUUUUACGUUUUAUCGAAUGUUUACUUAUUCUGAUUUUAUGUUGAACGUACUAAAAUAAAAGCCAAGAAUCAAAGA